AUGACAUAUUACAACGAAAAUGUGCAACCGGAAUUAUUUCAAUCUAUAAAGGCAACAAUUGUUGUUCAAAAGCUUGAAAAUGAUGAAUUAACAGAAGAAAUGCAAGAAUCUUCCGACAGUGAAAGUGAAAUUGAACCAUCCGUAUACGAAAGACGAAGAGAGUUAAAUGCUUGGCGAACUGUGUUAGCGGAGAAGCUUUUCAUUGAGGUCAAAAAAAAGCUUUAUGCUGAGAAAUUAAAACAGCUGGAGAAAAGACAGGCUGAAGUUUUGAGCCAAGAGGCGGCAGAUUUUAUCAGGAAAAAGGAAGAAAUUCUUAAGGAAUAUCAUGAUAGACUGCAGUACAUUGAGGUUGUUCGGGCACUACGGACCGAAUCACUAAAAAGACGUACUAUCGGUCAGUUAGAGUGUGCCCAGCAGAAUUUAAAUAACAAUAAACGGAUGGCUUAUGAAAAAAUCGAAGCAAAUAUUUUGACGAUGAUGCAAAAGCUAGAUGAUGACAUGAAAAGAUGCACAAGGGACUAUGUAAAUUUUUGUAGAGAAUUCGAACGAAGUAGGGAACGAGAAUGGAGGAAACGAAAGCGUUAUCCAGUGGCCAGUGUAAUUGAGCGCUUAUUGGGUGAUGCGGUGUCAUCGCUGAUGGAUUCAUAUAAUGAAAAUGUUGACGAGGAUCUCUAUGUUUGCGAACAAGCUUUAAGAGCUGUAAAUGGACGAGAAAAUUAA